AUGGCUUCGGAGCUUGUGAGUUUUGCAACGAGUGAGAAGCUUGCUGAUGUGGAUUGGGCCAAAAACAUUGAGAUCUGUGAACUUGCUGCUCAAGAUGAAAGGCAAGCAAAAGAUGUUAUCAAAGCUAUCAAAAAACGCUUGGGGAGCAAGAACCCAAAUACUCAGUUAUAUACUGUCCAGUUGCUGGAGAUGUUGAUGAACAAUAUUGGAGAGAGUAUUCAUAAGCAGGUUAUAGAUACAGGUGUACUCCCUACACUUGUGAAGAUAGUUAAGAAAAAAUCGGAUUUGCCUGUAAGAGAGAGGAUAUUUCUCCUUCUUAAUGCAACUCAAACCUCUCUUGGUGGCGCUUCAGGGAAAUUCCCUCAGUAUUAUACAGCAUACAAUGAAUUAGUGCAAGCAGGAGUUAAAUUUCCUCAGAGAGCUAAUCCCACACCACCAGUUGUGGUCACUGCACAGGCGGUUCCAAGAAAUACACUCAAUGAACAACUUGCAUCUGCUAGAAAUGAGGGGACUGCUCCUACUCAGCAGCGAGAAUCUCAGACUGCUUCUCCUUCUAGCAUCUUACAAAAAGCUAGUGCUGCUUUAGAAGUCUUGAAGGAAGUGCUUGACGCAGUUGAUUCUCAAAAUCCUGAGGGAGCAAAAGAUGAGUUUACUCUUGAUCUUGUUGAGCAAUGCUCAUUUCAGAAAGAGCGUGUAAUGCAUCUCGUGAUGACAUCUAGGGAUGAAAGAGCUGUUUCUCAAGCAAUUGAAUUGAAUGAACAGCUUCAGAGAAUUCUAAAUAGACAUGAAGACUUACUGUCUGGUAGAACCACAGGGACAGGGACAGGCAGGUCUGCUGCAUCCAAUGGUUAUCAUUCCAAUCCUACCUCAAACGGUUCUAACGCAAACACUAAAUCAAGCAGCUCUAUCUCUAAACCAACCCAAAUUAGUUUUGAAGAUGAGGAUGAGGAAGAGGAGCCUGAACAGUUAUUCAGAAGAUUGCGUAAAGGGAAAGCUAGAGCAAUGCCUGAGGAUGAAGAAAAGCCAUCACCUCCACAAGCCUUACUUGGAUCAGCAAUCCAUAAUGAAAGACUCAACCGUCCACUCAUCCGUCCUUUACCAUCAGAGGCAUCAUCACGCAGCGGUGAUAGCCAUUCACAGUCUCCACCUGUUGUGAUACCACCACCACCUGCAAAACACGUUGAGAGGGAAAAGUUCUUCAAGGAGAAGAAAGUUGAUGGUGCCUCGUCGGGUUUGCCAGGUCAUAUGAGAGGUCUUUCUUUGCAUAGCCCUGAUGGCAGCAGCUCACGCAGUGGAAGUGUAGACUUCAGUGACUGA